GUCAUGGAAGCCCCCACGCGCAUAUCAGCGCCGUAAACUCCCAUACCUUACCGUUUCUUGUUUUGUUUUCGUAGUUUUUAGAUAUGAGGUAUUUGCUCCGACUGGGGCAUUCAUUUGCCCGCCUUCAUGUCCGUCUAUGUCACCAGAGUGUUUACAGCAGCCACUCUGCACCACGCAGCCUGGUGGUGGACCUUGGGGAAAAGAAACUUCAGAUCUCCUCAGGGAAGUUUGCUAGAUUUGCUGAUGGAUCUGCUGUAGUAAAGCUGGGAGAGACCUCUGUAAUGGUGACUGCUGUGAGCAAGACAAAAGCUACUUCAUCACAGUUCAUGCCUCUUGUGGUGGAUUACAGACAGAAAGCAGCUGCUGCAGGUCGAAUCCCCACAAACUAUCUGAGACGAGAGCUUGGCACCACAGACAACGAAAUCCUCACCAGCAGACUAAUAGACAGGUCGAUAAGGCCGCUGUUCCCUCCUGGAUACUUCUAUGACACUCAGGUCCUUUGUAACCUUCUAGCAGUUGAUGGUGUCAAUGAUCCAGAUGUGCUGGCUAUAAAUGCAGCGUCCGCUGCUCUGGCCCUUUCUGACAUCCCCUGGAAUGGACCUAUAGGAGCUGUGCGUGUGGGUAUGGUCGAUGGGGAGCUUGUGGUAAAUCCCACCAGGGCAGAGAUGCAGUCUAGUAGUCUGAACCUGAUUGUUGCUGGAGCCCCAAGCAGUCAAGUGGUGAUGAUUGAGGCGUCAGCUGAGAACAUCCUGCAGCAGGACUUCUGUCAGGCAGUGAAGAUGGGAGUCAAACAAACCCAGCAGAUCAUUCUGGGCAUUCAGCAGCUGGUGCGAGAACAGAAGGUCACCAAGCGUACCCCAGCCAAACUUUUUUGUGCCCCGGCUGACAUGGUGGAAUAUGUUCGACAGUUAGCUUCUGAGCAGAUCUAUGCUGUUUUCACUGACUACACCCACGAUAAGAUUUCAAGAGAUGAAGCUAUCAACAAAGUUCGACUAGAAACUGAAGAGAGCCUUAAAGAGAAAUUUCCACAAGCUGAGCCAUUUGAAAUCAUUGAAUCGUUUAACGUUGUGAGCAAAGAUAUCUUUCGCAACCUAGUCCUUCAUGAGUAUAGGAGAUGUGAUGGGAGGGAUUUGACUGCUUUGAGGAACAUUUCUUGUGAUGUAGACCUUUUUAAACCUCUACAUGGCUCGGCUGUAUUCCAGAGAGGACAAACACAGGUUUUGUGCAGUGUCACAUUUGAUUCACUGGAAUCAAGUGUUAAAGCAGAUAUUAUCACCACAGCUUUAAGUGGCAUAAAGGACAAAAACUUCAUGCUUCAUUACGAAUUUCCUCCAUAUGCAACCAAUGAGAUUGGGAAGAUUGGGGGCAUCAACAGAAGAGAGCUUGGGCAUGGGGCUCUGGCUGAGAAAGCCCUGAGACCAGUCAUUCCAAAAGACUUUCCUUUCACUAUCAGGGUCACUGCUGAGGUGCUUGAGUCAAAUGGAUCCUCAUCCAUGGCGUCAGCAUGUGGAGGCAGCCUUGCUUUAAUGGAUGCAGGUGUUCCCAUCUCUUCUGCUGUGGCAGGCGUAGCAAUUGGUCUCAUCUCUAAAGCUAAUGCACACAAACCCACGGAGAUCCAGGACUACAGACUACUAACAGAUAUUCUGGGAAUAGAGGACUACCUUGGAGACAUGGACUUCAAGUUAGCUGGCACAAACAAGGGUAUCACAGCUCUACAGGCCGAUGUGAAGAUCCCAGGUCUUCCUCUGAAGUUGGUCAUGGAGGCAAUCCAACAGGCCACAGUGGCAAAGAAGGAGAUCUUGGGCAUCAUGAGCAAAUGUCUUGCAAAACCCAGGGAGGCACGGAAAGACAAUGGACCUUUAGUUGAAAAUGUUCGGGUGCCUGUCUCAAAGCGAGCACGCUUCGUUGGUCCAGGAGGCUAUAACCUUCGCAGGCUGCAGGCUCAAACAGGUGUGACAAUAAAUCAGGUGGACGAGGAGACUUUCUCUGUGUUUGCUCCAACUCCUGGAGCCAUGCAUGAAGCCCAGGAAUUCAUCAGUGAAAUCUGCAAAGAUGAUCAAGAGCUGCAGCUAGAGUUUGGUGCUGUCUACACUGCUACCAUCACUGAGAUAAGGGAUAUUGGAGUGAUGGUGAAACUUUACCCAAACAUGACUGCCGUUCUGCUUCACAACUCACAACUGGACCACAAAAGGAUCAAGCAUCCCAGUGCUUUAGGUUUAGAUGUGGGACAGCAGAUUCAGGUCAAGUACUUUGGACGGGACCCAACAGACGGCAGAAUGAGACUUUCACGGAAGGUGCUCCAGUCUCCUGCUGCAACAGUCAUCAAGACAAUGAGUGACAAACAGAGCAUCUCCAUGGGAUCUAUCCACAGCCACACAACCGGCUCGGAUUUGUGACACAAAAACCACAGACUAAUGUCUGGCUUUGCCAUCAGAGUGGAUUUAAACGGAGGAGAUUUGGCUACAAACACUCUUGUGGAGAAAGCUGCCAAAUCAAGAGCAUCUGAUGUUGUCCAAACUGACACAUUGCUACACAUGAAGGUGUUUUACCCUCCUGUUGUGUGCACAGAGGUUGCUAAACUGCUCUUGAGUGAACUGUAGCUCAUCAACAGCAUCCUGCUGUCUUUGUGCUCCACUGGAUAUAGAGCACACACUCCAGUAGUAAUGAGUAGCAGUCACACAAUUUCAAGAAUUAUGAAUCAAUUUUCAUUAUAAAAAUCCCCUCUUAUGGUGUUUAUUAUUGCUGGAAUCCACCUCUGCUUGUUAUGUCCAAAUCAAGAAAAGAGUUUCCCCAAAACACAGUCACCAAACUGCUUAUAUCAGACCAACACAGUGCAGCCCAACAAUGCUUUUCCUUCUUAAAUAUGUGAUAAAACUGCCUGAUAUGACUCUUCUUAUUGGCAGUCCUGUGUGUGUUGUUGGCUUCAGAAUCAAGAAAAUUGAUUUAUAAAUUUGGUCAAGGUGUACAGUUUUUUUUUGUCAUUUGUAUGUUUUAUUGACAGUAUGUGUUAGUCAUCUUCAAAUAAACAAUAGCCGUCUGUUUUUCGGGUAAAUAUUCGCCUUUUGUUGAAAAAGAAGCAUGCACAUAGGAAGAAACAAACCUGAUUCUGGUAUAAUAUUUGGGUAUAAUAGUCUAUUGUCAGUUGAUAACAGUUAAAACAAGUGGCAUUAGGUUUAUUUCUGUGUGUCACGUGCCACAUAAAUGACAAAUAAUUAUGAAAUGGAUAUUAGAUAUACUGGGGACAUAAACCAAUUAUAUUUCAUAGAUUGGUUAUCAUUAUGUGCUACAUCAUCUGAGGUAUACACUCUUCUCUUGCCACCAGUGAGGGGGUCACACUAUUUUUGAGUUUGAAGCAAACUUCUCCCCUCCCUAAAGAAUGAUGUUUCCAUCAACGAUACAGAGCAGAAAAUGCUGACUUUAUGCACAAUGUCUGUAAUUCACGUCUCUCAGGCUAAAGUAGGAACAAACACUAAGAUCUUACUACAACUUUCCAUAACAAUAACGAAGACAAUAUCUUAGGGUCAAGAUAAAAAAGGAAAUAUCAAUUUUAGCUGCUGCGUAAGCUAGACCUACUACCCCACUGGUGGCUUAUCUGAUUAAAAUAAUGACAAUAAUAAUAAUGUAGUUUUUAAAUUAUUAUUACUACCAUGAUUAUUGUAUAUGGACAUUAUAAUUCAGUCUGGUAAAAAAAAAAAUAGGAGAUAACAUUUAUGGCUCUUAACCCUCUUGCAGAAAUAUGCACUGAGUUAGUACGUGACCUAAAUUGCAAAACAUUAGAGAUAAUUCUGUUCUAUUAAUAUAACUAUAUGAAGGGAAAUGACUUUCCAUGUAGAACAUAAUGUGAACUUUCUGCUGAAACAAGUGCUGAAAAAAACACCAUCAUUGUUCUACAGCAGUGAUGAAUGUGAUAAUAUAUAAAUAUUUGUGGCUCUUUGGUUCAAGGGGCUGAAAAAAAUAUGCAAAAAUA